AUGAGCAGCCAGACCACCCUGAAGGGCGAGCACUACACUAUGUACGUGUUCCCUGGUGUUGGGCCCUGCCGCGCUCGAGGCAAUCAGAUCUGGGUCCGGCACCAUCUGGCCAAGUCGGUUUCCUUCGUCACGCAGGUAACUGACCGUGUCCACGCACUUUCGCAUGCUUUUCAGGCAUCGGCCAAGCAUCGGCGACUUGUUUUUGUCAACGUGCACGCGCCUACGCAGCAGGCGCCACCAGAGGAAAGGGAGAACUUCUUCGCCAGCCUGGAGGACCUCAUUGCAUCGCAGUCAGCAGGGGUUGAUUAUGUGAUCGCGGGUGACUUCAAUGCAUGGCUUGGCCCUUUCGCUUCACCAGGCGUGGGGGCUUCUUCACGUGACCAGGAGAGCGAGUCGGGCACGCGCCUGCGCGAGACAGUGGCCGAGUUCCACAUGGAUGUGGUCAGCACGACGAGGCAGGACUACCGACCGACAUGGCAGGCGACUUCUGGGCACCAGCACCGCAUCGACUAUCUUAUAGUGUCUAAGGGUCUUGCUCCCACCGCCAGGGACGUGCACACGCACUUGGAGAUGGACAUGAGUUUUGCCACCUCCGUUGACCACUGGCCGGUCAGCGCUUCCCUGGUCGUCAACAAGCGGUACCGGCCCCGUGAAGCAAAGACCCCAAAGAUUUGCAGAGCCAAGCUGAAAGAUCCACAUCUGCAACUCGCACUGCAGCAGCGGCUUUGGGAUCAGAAUGUCGCGUUGCGGGGCCGCCCGCACGAGAAAUUGCAGCAGCUGAACCUGGCCAUGACGGAGCUGGUACAGGACAUCUUUGCAGCAGAUGGUGACGCACCUCGCAAGCAUUGGAUUAGCCAGCACGCGUGGCAGCUCAUGCAGCGCGCAUGGACAUUGAAGGAUGCCCUGCGCGACGCUCGCUGGCACUGCCGGAGUGCGCGCCUGCGUGCGUGCUUCUCUGCCUGGAGAUUGCGCAGCGCGUCGAAUGCACCACGGGACGACGAGCGCCGUUAUGGACUACAUUACGCCCAGCUUCACAGCGCUCGAGUUGCGGAAGCCCGAUCACUGCAUCAGUUGCGACUCGCCCAAGCCGAGAAGGCCAAAGCGCUGGUCGCUGAUCGCGAGCACCAGUGGACUACCCUGGCUUGCGAGGCCGACCAGGCGGCAGCAGCCGGUGACCUCCGCAAGACCUACUCGAUCGUUCGUCGACUCGGAGGUUUCUCUCCGUCCACGUUGCCAGGCACUCGCUUGGCCAACGGUGAGUUCGCAGUCUCUGAGGCGCAGGCAAAGGAGCGGCGGGAGACCUUCUUCGCAGAGCUCCUAAUUGGCGAGCUGCAGCAAGACGUCCCGCAGCCUUCGCCUCCUCCGCUGCCCGAUCCGCAACUUGUUCGUGACGCCUUCGCUGAGGUGGGCAACGUGCGUUAUAGAGUGAGCCAACUCCUUCAGACCAUCAAGGACAACAAGGCGGUAGGCCCCGACGGCCUGCCGAUAGAGGUGUGGAAGGCUGCCGGCGACCUCGCAGCCGACUACAUAGCAGAGAUCAUCGAAGACGUCAUCCAGACGAAUGACGUCCCAGUGGCAUGGCGCGGAGGACGGUUAGGCAAACUUUUCAAAGGAAAGGGCGACACGGCAGAGUGCGACAUGUACCGUGGGCUCCUGGUGGGCGAUCACACUUCGAAAAUCUUCACAGGUGUCCUGUACCCUUCCGUUCAGCGCCGAGUGGAGGAAGCGCUACCUCCGCAGCAGUGCGGUGGGGUGGCGUGUUCUGGGGCCAACCGUGGCCACCACGUCGUGUCGAGCUUCGUCGAGAGGACCGCCAUCGAGAAGAGGCCGUCGGCCAUUUUGUUCCUUGACCUCACGAAGGCGUUCGACAAGCUUGUACGCGAAAUGGCCUUCCACCUUGUAGCCGGCUCCACCACCGAGGCGGACCUGGCCGCGCAACUAGAGCACGUGGCCAACCUGCACAAAGACACAUGGUUCGCACUCUCCCCAGAGGGCAAGGUCAUCCGGACGACGAGGGGAUCCCGCCAAGGCUGCCGCUUCGGCGCCUUGAUCUUCAAUAUUGUGUAUAGCGUGGCCUUGGGAGAGCUUCGAGCAGCGCUUGACAAGAUCAACCUCACAUUCGCUGCGGAAUGCGAGCCCGGCGGCCCGCCAUGGGCCCACCAGCCCGGCGCCUUCCCAACGCACACCGUGCCUGUUGGGGAGGUCACGUACGUCGACGACGAGGCAGUGCUGAUCGUGGGCGAGGACAACGCGAGCCUCAACCGCAACGUCGCCCUGGUGGCCGAAGCGGCGCACACCACCAUGGAGAAGCACGGCAUGCAGCUGAAUUGGAAGCCUGGCAAGUCAGAGGCCCUCAUCAUGUGGAGGGGCAAAGGCGCCCGGGCCGCUAAGGCAGAGGCGAUGAUCGGCGAGCGCCCUGCUUUGACCGUGCUUGGGAUCCCAAGCAUCGAGUGUUCCGUUGUGAGCGAAUACAAGCACCUAGGAUCCAUGCAGUCCGGUGUCGCGUCCUCUGCCCUGGACAUACGUGCGCGCCUGCGGAAAGCAUCCGCGGUGUACCAUAGCUUGGUGCGGAAAGUCUUCGCAGCGCAACACAUGAGCGUGCAGCUCAGGCUGCGACUUUUCCAGUCUCUCGUCCUUUCAGUGCUAUUCUACAAUUCUGAGCUGUGGACGCCUUCGCGCACUCACAUACAGUGGUUGCACACAUUUUACUUGCGCGCCGUGCGCAGGCGAUUCCCAGGCUCGCGCUGCCACCAGCCCGGCGCGACCUAG